AUGGACAAAAGCUGGAUGCGUAUUAACGACCGAUUUAGGUCCGCAGAAUAUAGGGAAGGGACUAUAGACUUGGUGCAAAGACACCUAUUCACUAUAGGAAUUGAUGAAAACUAUACCGAAUGGAUUUUCCAUGGCGAGGAAGAGACUUGGGAUGCUAAUGACAUUGAUGAUGAAGUCAAUGAAGUGCAAAAUGACGACUAUGUUGAUGACAUGGAUGAAAUGUUAGAUGAUAUCCGACUUGGAUCAUUUAUAAAUGUGGAGCAAGUUGAACAAUGUACCAGUGAAGGGCCCACCUAUGUGGACCCAAGGGCAAAAAGUUUUAACCAAUUAUUGGAAGAUGCUAAACGUCCACUCUAUCCAGGAUGUGCUAAGUUCUCAAAGUUAUCCUUCAUUGUGAAAUUGUUGCAUAUACGGACAAUUGGGGGGUGGAGUGUUAAGUCAUUUGACAUGCUACUAAAGUUGUUGAAAUCUUCAUUUCCGGAUGCAGUUUUGCCUGAAUCAUACCGCGAGUCACGACAGAUGGAGCGGGCCCUUGGUUUUGGUUAUACCAAGAUUGAUGUAUGUCCAAAUGAUUGUAUACUAUACUGGAAGGAAAAUUCUGACAGGCAUGAUUGUCCCAAAGGUAGUAUGUCAAGAUGGGUAACCCGCACCACUAAACAGAAAAAAAUCCCCCACAAACUACUUCGAUAUUUUCCAUUAACACCAAGAUUGAAAAGGUUGUUCAUGUUGAAAGAUACAGCUGUAGCCAUGCGGUGGCACAAAGAAGAAGGCAUCAACGAUUUCAAUGUGAUGAGACAUCCACAUGACUCAGUUGGGUGGAAGGAAUUUGAUCAAGAGCAUCUAUCAUUUUCUCUUGAUGCUCGUAAUAUACGCCUUGGUCUAGCCAGUGAUGGAUUCAACCCUUUCAAUAAUAUGAGUAAACCUUAUAGUGUAUGGCCAGUAAUAUUUAUCCCUUACAACUUGCCGCCAUGGUUGUGCAUGAAAGACCAGUUUUUCAUGCUGUCUCUUUUAAUUCUUGGACCAAAGGCGUCAGGUAAUGAGAUCGAUGUGUAUUUGCGGCCUCUUAUUGAUGAAUUGAAUGACUUGUGGGAAACUGGUGUCGAGACGUAUGAUGCAUCGAGAAAACAAUCUUUUCAAUUACAUGCAGCAUUAUUAUGGACGAUUAAUGACUUCCCCGCAUAUGGAAAUCUUUCUGGGUGGAGCACGAAGGGAAAAUUGGCAUGUCCAACUUGUAAUGCUGACACUGAAUCUUUGUGGUUGAAAUAUGGUCGAAAACAUUGUUAUAUGGGCCAUCGUCGUUUCCUAUCUCCAGAACAUACUUGGAGGAAGAAAAAAGCUAAUUUUAAUGGCAAUACUGAUCACCGCACCCCACCUUCUGAAUUAUCUGGCCAUGAUUUACUGAAUCAAUUAAGUAAUGUUGGGGAUGUAUUAUUUGGAAAAGGUGGAAGGAAGAGAAAGCGAAGACCCGAUGAAUUGAAUUGGACAAAAACAAGUAUCUUUUUCCAGUUACCUUAUUGGUCAACAUUGAAAAUUCGACAUAAUCUUGACGUAAUGCAUAUUGAGAAGAACAUUUGUGACAACGUGCUGGGAACUUUGAUGGCGAUUCCAGGAAAAACAAAAGAUUCAGUUAAUGCACGUAGGGACUUGUCCAUUCUUGGUAUAAAAAAGGAAUUACAUUUACAAGAACAUGGACAGAAACUUGUUAUGCCACCUGCAUGUUACACGUUGCAUGGAGAUGAGAGGAGAAAUUUUUGCCAGUGGCUACAAGCUGUGAAAUUUCCAGAUGGAUUUGCUGCAAAUAUUGCUAGAUGUGUAACGUUAAAUGGUUGUAAAAUAUCAGGAAUGAAGAGUUAUGAUUGUCAUAUUUUCCUACAAAGACUACUUCCUGUAUCUAUUGCUGGGGAGCAUUAUAACAUAUUGAAAGACGAAGGUGUAAUUAACAUUGAUGAUGUGCACGAAAAUCAAUUCCCGUUAUGGUUCAAGGAGCGCAUUAGGCAAUUGCGUAAUUCAAUCCCCGAUGAGGUGUCUGAUGAUCUUUACGCGCUAGCAUGUGGACCUGACCCGUGGGUUGCAUCAUAUACUGGGUGCAUUAUGAAUGGAACUAGGUUCCACACAAAGCAACAUGAAGAACAUCGUCUUACACAAAACAGUGGUGUGCUUGUUCCUGGAGAUCAUCAAGGUAGGCCUAUUGACUUCUACGGAGUAGUAAUGGACAUCAUCGAGCUUAACUAUCUAGGAUGGCGCCAUGUAUAUUUGUUCAAAUGUGAUUGGUUUGAUGUAUGUGAUAUGAGAAGAGGAGUUCAUGUUGGCAGUCACUUUAUAAGUCUCGACUCUACUCGCAAAUGUUACAAGGACGACCCUUUUGUACUUGCAUGCCAAGUAUCCCAAGUCUUUUAUCUGAAAGAUACGAGUUUAGGGAGAAAUUGGCUAGUAGUACAAAAGGUCACUAGUAGGAAUGUUUAUGACAUCCCCAGCACAACAGUUGUAGAUGAGGAUGAUGAAGAAUUGCCUGAGGAUGAAGCAUACCAGGAUGAAGAAUAUUCUCCACCAGCUUAUUUUGUACAUCAAGAUGAUACAUGCGUUGAUAUGCCUUUGCAUCGAUUAGAUAUAGACCCCAUUGUACUUGAUGAGACAAUUAUGUUACACCACCCCGAUCCAAGAGUUGAUGAGGACGAGUUUCUUAGUAAUGAGUCAUCCUCGGAUGAGAGUGGUUCUUAUUGUGACAAUACAUCAGGGUCAAGUGAAGAGGAUGGAGAUGAUGAUCAUGAAACUAACACUAAUGAUUAA